AAAGUGUUUUAUCUUACGUUAAAGGAACUGAUAAUAUUAGGUUUUUAUAAGGAAGAAGGUCUUCUGUCAAGGAAACAUAUCACAAACAUUGUGGAAUACAACACUCUAGGACUUGUGGUCCUCUCUCAAUAACUGAAAUGACCUCACUCACCCUGGUGGCCGUGUAUCUGGUGUGUCUGUGUGUCGGAAGACACGCUCAGAUUGUCCAGCGCACGGGGAAAGUGGUCGAACCGUCUCAGUAUAACAGUAUACAGCGUCAGAGAUACGGUCAUCCGUCAAGUGCCGACUCGUCCGGACAUGCAACCAUUUGUGGUCCCCCUAACGUGAAAGCGUCUUUCAGCUGGUACCCCAAAACUCCCAGUAGAAACCAGAACAUCAACUUUGUUUUGAACAUCACUGCACUCGUUGAUAUAUCUUCCGGGACCUUGUCUGGUGACAUAUACCUAUCAAAGGUCAAACAGAAGAUCUUUCAGUUUAACUAUCCCUUUACCUGUGAGAAAUUGAGGAGGAAGGUGAAAAUCACCUGUCCUAUUCAAAUGUCAAAUCAGUAUGACAUCCCUUUUCUCGUCAAAGCCGGAUUGCUUCCUAUGGUAAGUGGUAUACCUAAAUUCGAUAAUAAACUUAGUGAAAGCAUUGUACAUUUGUUUCGCCCAGUCAAACUUACGCCCUUCUCCCGUGAAAUCGGUUUUCACCAAGUGUUAAUUUCGACUUUCACAUUUAAUGACUAUGUUUAUUAUUCUGUGUACUUAUAUUCAUUGUGUUGAUACACUUGCACUCAAUACGGAGGGCGAAAAAAGGCGAAGAUUAAACUGCAGCGAUCAU